CCUAGCCGCACUGCUCACCAAAUGUGUUGGAAGUGGAGCAUGUAUCUGCCGCCUAGAAGCGGAGAGAGACAGCCUCCAUCUUUUUGUCCUGUUCGCUUGUUGGUGAGUGGUGCAGCGAGGGAGUUGCUCUCUCCUGGCCAGAGCAAUGUGUGAUACGUAGCAUGCAGCCAUUCAGCUGACAGCAAGGUGUGCAUGCGGUUUUUCCAUCCCACUUCACGUCUGGUACAGGAAAAGCGGGCAGAUGAUUUCCGAAGAGAGGAGAAUGACGCCUCCCCCCUGAUGGCGCAUGACCUAAAUGAGAUGGACGUGGCGCAAAGAGAUAACCAGCAUGAUGCGUCACAUAGGAGACAUGAGGAGCACUGCUCACCAGAUGGUUCUGCGAGGACAUCGCAUUCGUGGGGCGAACACAAGGAAGCGCGGUUUGGGGUCGAUUACCGAGAUGUGGACGACGAAGGAGAUGUAACCGAGGGGGUGGGAGUAAUCCAGCAUCAGGAAAAGAUAGGUGGUGGGGGGGGCGUGGUGGGAGGGGGAGGAGGACACGAGCGACGAACGCGGUCAUCCCGAAAGCUGUGUUUCGGUACCCCAACCGACUCAGAAGAUGCAGCGGAGGUUAUGCCUGCGGGGCGGAGGAGGUGGGCACGGCGAUGCCAUAGUGGCAGUUGUUGCAGCUGCUGUGUGGCUGAUCUUUGCUGCAACGGAAGGAGGGCGACAUGGCGAGGAACGUCCAUGCAGAAGAUUCUUACGGCUGAGAUGGAAUGCACAAACGCAUGGCAAGAGUCGUUGGAGGAGGAAAAGAACAAAAGGAUCGCCCUUGAAGAAGGACUCCGAAAAGAGAAGGAGAGAAUCGAAGAGCUGACUCGUAAACUGGAUUUGGAAAGACGGCACCGACUCCGUCUUGAGGCUGAGGCCGAAGCUGAAGGAGUUCUUCAUCAUAGAGAAAAUGGGCUGCACAUGGAAGAUUCUGCUGCCAUCAAGAGCGGCUUUGGUGCAGCCGAUGAAGCAGAUGAGUGUGGUGGUGACGAACGGCGGUCUCCCGGCUGCCGAACCCGUGGAACAAAAAGGCUGCUUCACGACGGCGGAUCCGACAAUAGCGGGGACAGCUACAGGAGAAUGCGCUUGCGACUUAACGAGGCCGAAGUUGGCGCAAACAUGAAGCGACCGCCUUAUCAGCAUGAGAUACUCAUGCAGCUCAGUCAGAUAACGUCAGACAAGGCAGCGUUGAGACAGAUUCAGACACAACUCCGGCUGCUCCAGGAGGCAGAGGAGAAGAGAAAAGAACGAAUCCGGCGGUUGGAAGAGGGGACUGGAUGCUGGUGUAUGAGUGGUUUGCAUGUUCAGAAUGCUCUCUUGCCGUGUGGGCAUUGCUUCUGUUCGUCGUGUCUGCCAAAGCACACCACAGUCUGUCCCUCGUGUGGGUUGGCAAUCGACAGUGUUCACCGGUUGAUAUUGGAGGUAGAUCUGCAGCGAGAGAGAAAAGCUGCGAACAGCAACAGCGGCAUGGGUGUUGGUGGCCGAGGGGGUGGAUGGGUAGGAGGAGGAGGAGGAGGUGGAGGUGGAGGAGGAGGAACAAGCAAUGGAAGGAUGGCCACUAGCCGAGCCCUGGGUGGCUGCACAAGCGGCAGCGGAAAGGGGCGAUUGAUGGCCAGCGAAGGCAUGGUGUCGUCGACUGCUGUCAUCCCGACGAGCGCCGCAGUCGCGACACCUACUUAAUGUUGCAUUGCCGGACCUGGUACGUCAUUUCAUAUUCCUACAAUGUGGCGUCUGGUGGAUCGCAUCUCCAAUUGUCAUGGACAAGUAACAGGCGAUCGCAUCCCCAAGGGCCCGUCCAGAUCUGCUGGAUGCUCAGCGCCGCCAUGAAGUGACAGCUGAUGACCACCAAGUGCAAGCUGUGAGAGGUGAGGCCAGCUCUCCGCGGAAUUUGUUGAUCGCUCAGAGAUAGUACUGCAACACUUCCGUCAGUUCGGGUGACCGUAUUCUGACGACCUUUUCAUCUCGGACACGCACCCAAGUUAUGCACUUUUUUUCCUAUAACAGAAAGACUGCCCAUUUUGGCAAUAGAAGGCAAGCAAAGAGAAUGACAGGUUUUUGGUCCGUACGUACGGCAACGAGAAGUUUUUCUCUUUCCUGGAACAGAAAGAGUGUGCAUUUUGGCGAUAGAAGGCAAGCAAAAAGACGAUACCCGCCACUGUCUGGUCAUCUACCAUUUUCGUUAUACUCCCAUUUGAUUUCGUUAGUGCUCCCUCAAACGUUACGUCCACCGACAGCAUGAGGCCUCGUUCGCAUGACAUGUCAUGCAUGUAUGCCAUGUAACUCUACCGUCUUCAACCGCAUAGCAGACGUGGUCAUUAUAUCUGUAUUUGGCACAACUUCCAAUCCAGAUACCCGUCUGCCGCUCGAAGAUAUCCCUCAAACAUUAUUACGCUUGUCGAGGAUUCAUUAGUGCUCCCUCACACAUUACGCCCGUCGAAGAAAUGUCGACAUGUAAAUAAAAGCCAGGUCCAUCU